AUGAUUUAUCAUUUAAUUAGCAAAUCUUGUCAAAGAUUAAAUAAACCAAAUUUAAUAAAUAAUUUAAUAAAAUCACAAAAACAAUCAAUUAUAUAUAGUAGUAGUAGUAGUAGUGGUAGUAGUAAAUUUAUUAGUAAUAAAUAUUUUACAACAACAUCCAAUAGUAAUAAUAAUAGUAAUAAUACCACUACAACAACAACAACAACAUUAAGACAAGAUGAAAUUGAUUUUUUUAAUCAACAAUCUUCAGAUUGGUGGAAUCCAGAAGGAACAAUGAAACCAUUACAUAGAAUGAAUCCAUUUAGAGUUAAAUAUAUUUGUGAUAGAUUAAAGAUUUAUAAUGAAAAAGUUUCAAAAAAUCCAAUUCAUUUACCAUUAGAAGGUUUAAAUGUAAUUGAUGUUGGUUGUGGUGUUGGAUUAUUAACAGAAUCAUUAAGUAGAUUAGGUGCUUCUAAAGUCGUUGGUUUAGAUGCUGCUAAAAAUAAUAUUUUAAUGGCAAUUUCACAUGCAUCAUUCGAUCAAAAAUUAAAUGAAAAUAUUCAAAAUAAAUCUUUAAAUUAUUUAGAAUCAACAAUUGAAAAUUUUUAUAAUAUUGAAAAUGAUCAACAAUUUGAUGCAGUUUGUUCAUUAGAAGUGAUUGAACAUGUUGAUAAUCCAAAACAAUUUAUAGAUUAUUUAAGUAAAAUAGUUAAACCAGGUGGUAGUAUAUUUAUAUCAACAAUUAAUAAAACAUUUUUAUCAUAUAUCUCUGCGAUUUUAGGUGCUGAAUAUAUUUUUAGAAUGGUACCAGUUGGAACACAUCAUUGGGAUCAAUUUAUAAAACCAAAGGAUUUAGAAUCUUAUUUUGAUUCAAAUAAUUGUCAAAUCACUGAUCUUAAAGGUUUAGUUUAUAAUCCAUUAACUUGUGAAUGGGAUUUUACAAAUGAUUUAAAUGUUAAUUAUUUACUUCAUGCAAUUAAAAAAUAA